AUGCGCAUACGUUUCCCUUUCGCGAUUGCGUUUGUCGUACUCCUCAUCUUCUCCUCGUCACUAGGCCUCCUGCCACACUCAUCGCUACCCUCUACCCCCGUCGCCGCACAGCCUUACAUCCCACGCCAAUCGGACAAAGCGCUGCACUUCAUCUGCUUCUUCGCCCUGACCGUCACCUUCUACUUCAUCCUCGACACAACGCGCCGACGCGUGAUCCAUCUGACGCUGAUUGUGUGCACACUGGUACUCGCCGUUGGGAGUGAAGUCGCACAGGGUCUGCUCCCCAACGACCGUGAAUUCGAUCCCUGGGAUGUCCUCGCCAACGUCCUAGGCAGUCUGGCCGCACUGGGCCUGUCGAGUGCGUACCAUCGACGUGCGGCCGAAAGACGACGCCGCUCGAAAUACACGUCGUUGGCGGACGGCGAGCUCGAAGGUGAAGACGUGGAACUGAAUGAGGCUGGUGGAGAGCUCGGCCGCGCGCGGGAUCCCGAUCUGGAGGCCGGCGUCGUUCCUCUGGCGACGACGACGCGCAGUGUUGAAGAAGAGCUGGAUAAUUGGGAUGAGAAUGUGCCUGAUGACGGAUGGGACGAUGACGAUGAUAUUGGCACAAGUGGUCGACAUACCAAGGCGACGCCCUCGACCAGCUCCGUAGGAAGCGAAGAUGUGCCCAGGAAGAUGGCGGUGGAUUGA